AUGGGCGUUCUGUUCGAUUUUUGGAGUCUCAACUUCAACCUCAUAAGAAGUCUCGUGGACCUCAUAAAAUCUCUCGAAUUGCAAGGGACCACACUUUCUUUCUCCAUGAUCUCGUUACAAGACAUUUUGAACCUCAAUAACAAAGCAGUUGCACAGCACCAAUCAAACGAUAUGUGCGGGGCUGCCAAGACAUACUACGAGUCACUUUGUCUCGUCAAGGAAUUGUUGAAGUGUACUACUAGUACGCCUCGUCAAGGAAGUCGUCUGAGCCAUCACGCCACCAAUACUUUGCCUCAGCAUGAAAGCUUUCAUACUUCUACUGAAACUUCCAGAAAUAUAACCAAGCAAGGACUGCUCUUUGUGUAUCAAGGUGCAUUGGUCUUACAAGAAGCUCCCUCGUGUGGUGCGGAGCAUCGCGUGCAAUUUAUGAAUAUCUACUGCGCUGGAAUCUUGUUUAACACGGCCAUUCUGCAUCACCAAAAGUCGAUCGAGACUGGAACAUCGGCAUCCAUGCAUCGAGCAGAGCAGCUUUACCAAGCAAGCCUUCAGCUCAUUGUGGGGCUUCCACGAUCCAACGAUACGGUUGCCCUCAUUGCACUUGCAGCCACUAACAACUUGGCUCAGAUCGAGUUUGAGAAAGGACUGGUGAUGCAAGCGAGUGAGAGACUACGAUUCCUAGUACAUCUAUUGUGCUCAUUGGAAAGUACAGCUGGACGAGUCGUCACGGUUGACGAGUUCCACGGCAUGCUAUCUAACACACUGUUGGCAAACGGCGUGUCUUCGUCACCAGCUGCCUAA